UUUCAGUAUCUGGAAUUGAGAUUUGAUUCACAUGCUGUACGGAUCCUAGGGACGAUCCUCGGAAUGUUGAGUUAUACAGCCUAUAUGGGUAUUGUGUUAUUUGGACCAGCUAUUGCUUUAGAGGCAGUAACUGGGUUUCCUCAGUGGGGAUCGAUUGUGUCAGUGGCAAUCGCUUCAGUUAUAUAUACGUCUAUUGGAGGAUUAAAAGCCGUUAUCUGGACGGAUGUUUUUCAGUGUGCGGUAAUGUUUGCCGGAGUUUUUGCUGUGCUUAUUAAGGGAACAAUGCAAAAUGGUGGUAUAAGCAGAACAUGGGAGAUUGCGUACGAAAAGGGUCGCGUCAAUUUAUUUAAUUUCGACCCUGAUCCAACUGUGAGACACACUUUCUGGAACUUGUUUGUUGGCAGUAUCAUGCGAGGUUUUGGUCUUGUCUUCAACCAGGCUUCUAUACAGAGGAUCAGCUCUACGCCAACAGUCGGAGCAGCUAGAAAGGUACUAAUGCUUGUAGCUCCGGGUUUCUUUAUAACCUUGACAUUGGCUGGUAUUGAAGGUAUUGUUGCAUACGCGUACUAUGAUACGCUAGGAUGUGAUCCCCUCAAGUCGAAGCAAAUAAAAAACCCAAAUCAGAUAAUUCCUUAUAUGGUGAUGGACAUAUUUAGAAACCUUCCUGGUAUGCCGGGACUGUUCAUGGCUUCCCUCUUUAGUGCAUCUCUCAGCACGUUAUCAUCUGGACUAAGUGGUUUAUCAGCCCUAUUCUGGACAGAUCUGAUCAAACCACACGUGAAACCCAUGUCUGAAUUCAGAGCAACACUGAUCUCCAAAUUAUCUGUGUUUGUAUUUGGUGGAUUGGCAGUAUUUGUAGCAUUUAUGAUCGCGUUAGUUGGGGGUACCUUAGUUCAGAUCACUGGAAGUAUUCUGUCGGCAUUUGGUGCACCUCUCAGCGGCUUAUUUAUGUUUGGAGCGUUCUGUCCAUGGGGUAAUGCUAAGGGAGGUUUCUGGGGAACAAUUCUAUCUGCCAUUGUUACAUUCACCUUUGCACUCGGACAAAUGACAACAAAAGGUUCUGUGAAGAAUACAAGACUGCCCUCGGCACCAGUUGACUCAUGUCCAGCUGUUGAAGUCUUCAGUUUAUUGGCAAAUAUGACGCUCACUAAUAUGACGUCUGAUUCAUACUUCACGAAUAUGACGUCAUCGAUGUCAAAUCUGACUAGUUCAAUCGGCGGAAUAGAGAUAAAUCCAUACGACUAUCCAGAACCUACAGGAAUUCGGCGAAUGUUUAUGUUGUCGUACAAAUGGUUUGGACCUUUUGGUGUGGUACAGACCAUCAUAUAUGGAUCUAUCAUUUCACUGUGUACAGGGUACAAGAAACCGGGUGAGAUCAAACGCAAGUAUGUUAUUCCAUUUGCUGACAGUUUAUUCCCGUUCUUACCAGAAUACAUCCGAAAACCUAUGAGGUGUGGUUAUCACUUUGAGGAAGAGGACGAUGACAAGGUUCCCCAGGUCGUUUACGAUAAGAUUGGUGAUAAAGAUGUUAAUAUAUACAAUGUCGAUUUGAUUGUUGGAAACAACACAGGUGUGGUCGACAAGCAACCCAAUAGUGAUAACCAUAUCGCUCAUCAGAAUGGGGGAGUUGAUCUCGUACAUCGGCUAAAAGAUGAGUCCUCGUCACCAAAUACAACAGACGGAACGGUAAUUCAUUCGGUUGAGGUAUUAUCUCCGCGAACAAUACCUGUCAAAGAUAUGGAACUGAGUAUUAUGAAGGGUGGAGUAAGUUCCGAGUAUGUUGUCAUGGACAAUAUGGAUGACGGGAGAAUUCAAAACAACGUGAGAACGAAAAGCAUGGAGUUUGAUAUAAAACACGACACUCCAAAUGUUGAUUUUUAA